GAAACCCUAGCGCUCUCUCUCUUUCUCUUUCUUUCUCUUUCUCUCUCUCUCUCUCUCUCUCUCAUGGCGGCGGCGGCGCGGGAAGAGAAGCAGAAGCAGGCGUAUGAAGGAAUGGGAGCGGGAGGCAAGUUUCGGAAGACGCCGUUUCGAAGGACCUCCCAUUCGACGCCAUACGAUCGGCCGCCCACGUCACUGCGAAACCCUAGCACCGCCAACGAUGGCUGGCUCUCGAAGCUCGUCGAUCCGGCUCAGCGGCUCAUCUCCUACAGCGCCCACCGCCUCUUUUCCUCCGUCUUUCGCAAACGCCUUCCACCGCCUCAGUCGCCUUCGACAGGGGUAAAUCAUGAAGUAAGGAUCAAGGGCAAAGAAGAUGUUACCAUGUAUCCUCCUGGAGUGCAAAAAGGCACAGUUGAUCAAAGUGCUGGUCCAAGUACUACUGCUGAUGGAGGCGAGUUCACUGAGCUUAAACAAAUUUUAGAGCAAAAAACUUUCACCAGAUCUGAAAUUGAUCGAUUGACAGCGUUAUUGCAUUCAAGAACUGUUGAUAUACCAAUUGAGAAUCAAGAGAAAAGGUCAGAAGUGGUGCCUUCAAAGCCAGUGGUUUCUCAUGACAGAAAGGAGGAAUUUCUUAGAACUCCAGUGCAAGACAAAAAUGGGAUUGAGAGCCGUCUUGUUUCAAACCCUGUUGUCAAUACAAGUGUCCUUCAUGAAGAUGUUGCUUCACCUGCAGAGCUCGCAAAAGCAUACAUGGGCAGUAGGCCUUCAAAAGUAUCCCCAUCAAUGUUAGGAUUACGAGGUCAAGCACACCAUGAAGAUUCACCUAUUUUGAGCAGUCUACCAAUUCAGUCAAAAUCGCCAAUGAUGUCACUUGUGCCAUGGACUUCUGGCAAUGGGGGGGCUCAAGAAAAUGGUUUUGUGACCCCUAGAUCGCGAGGCAGAUCUGCUAUAUACAGUAUGGCUCGAACACCAUACUCUCGAGUUCGCACAACUACAACAUUCAAGGGUGCUGGGUCCACAGUUGAUGCUUAUGGUGGGGCGUCGUCUUCUCAGUCUGUAUUGGAGCAAAGCCAACCUUCUGGAUCUAAACAAGGGGUCUUAAAACGCAGAUUUUCAGUCUUAGACAAUGACAUAGGAUCUGUUGGUCCUAUUCGUAGAAUUCGUCAAAAACCUAAUCUUCUAUCUUCAAGAGGCUUGAGCUCACCAGUAUACAGCACUACUUCUUCUAUUCGCGGGACUAGAAUAAGUUCUGAGGCUGCUCAAAAUCCAUCAUCUUCAAUAUGGAAGCCACUAUCAUUGGGUGAACCUAAGCAUAAAGCAUUGUCAGAAAAUGGGGACAAUGCUGUUCCUAGUACAAGUUUCUCUUCUGUUCCCUCAAAAUCCAGCAAGAUGGCUUCCAAAAUUCUGGAGCAGCUUGAUAAGUUGGUCUCUCCUAAAGAGAAAUCAUCUGAGACCAAUCUACAUACUGUGAGAGAUAAAUCGCCAACUAAGCUUUCACCAUCCAUGUUACGUGGUCAGGCUCUGAAAAGCCUGGAGGAUGUGGAUUCGUCAAAAUUUAUGGAUAAUGCCCAUAAUAAUAAGAGUAAUUCUAAGUUGAAUGUAUCAUUUGAUCGAUUGAUACCAGAUGCUCGAGACUUCACCUCUGAAAAUGAGGACAGGGUUAAAGAAAAUGGCCCAUCGAGAAUUAGAGCUCCUUGUGACAGUUCAGCUAUACUAAUGAAUGGUGAAGAUUCUACAACAGAAAAGAAGGAUAUUGUGCCAAAUGUUAAAACUGCAAUUUCUACUGCAUCAAACGCUGUUGUUCAUCCUCCACAAAAGAAACGGGCAUUCAGGAUGAGUGCACAUGAGGAUUAUCUUGAGCUGGAUGAUGAUGACAAUUCUAAGGUGGAGACUUUCUCGACUGAGAAGAGCAGUAUUGCUACAGCAACUGUUACACUGGAGAAGCCUCUAGCUUUCUCUGAUGGGUCUGUGCUUGCUGAGAAUGGUACCAACACUAUUGGCUCUAGUGCAUUGUCAUUCAGCAAGAUGGUAUCUACCCAGCCAUCCUUUACAUAUGAUAAAGUUGCUCCACCAGAAGAAUCAAAUGCUGGUCCUUCAAUGUUUAACUUUGGGGGUAAAGUUGCUUCAAUGAAGGAUUCAGAUGCAGCUUCUCCUGUGUUUAACUAUGUCUCUAAGAGUGUUGACGAAGUUGCACAGCCACAGUUUGCUUUCACUUCGUCACCUGCAGUUUGUGAAUCUGUUGACAUAAAAUCUGGUCCCUUUUCAGUCCCCAAUCCUGAAAGCUCAAGCAGUGUAUCUGCCGUUGUAGCUGCUGCAACAAAUUCUGUAUUCAAACCACUUGAAUCAGAUAAAGCUGAUAAUAAGAAUAAUGCUGGAGUCUCUUUUAGGAUACCUGAAACUGCUCUGUUCUCUGUAUCAUCAGCACCAUCAACCACAGGCAUAUUAUUCAAUGGCACCCCUUCCAAUAAUUCAAGCCUAAAUAAUGGGUCAACCCCUCCAUUUUCUCCCUCCGUUCCUUCAGCUUUUUUGACAAGUCCAAAUUCAUCAGGUAGCAUGACCCUCACUGCCAACACAAACAGUGGUAACAACAUCGCUAGUGUAACUGCAGUCACCACCGAGAGUUGCAAUGUUUCUAGCUCAGCUCCAGCACCUUCAUUUUCAUCUGUGCCUAAUUUCAAAGUUGAAUCCUCCACUGCUUCAACUGCAGUAACCACCAACAGUAGCAAUGUUCCUAGCUCAAAUCCAGCAACUUCAUUGCCAGCUGCGCCUAUUUUAUUUGAAUCCUCCACUGCUUCAAUUGCAGUUACACCAGUUCCAGUAAAUUCUUCCUUAGACUCGUUUGAAGGAAAGAACAAGGAAGACAAGGGCUUUGGUAAUCUAAGCAGCACCUCUUUUGCUGCCACAUCUACUGCCAUUCCAAGCACAGGGAGUGGUAUGUUUGGAUUUGUUAGUGGUGGUGCUGGCAGUGGAUCUGUUCCUAUUUCCCAGCAGACUGGAAUUGCAUCAUCAGCUGCCUCACCAUCAUUCGGGUUGUCUGGAAGUACUGGACAGUUUGGCUCAACCUCUGCUCCUAAUCUGUUUAGUUCAGGAGCAAGUACUGGACUUGGUUCUUCUGCUCCCUCAUUGGAGGCCAACUCCAGUAGCAGUACUGCUCCUGGCAUAUUUGGUUCCAAUUGGCAAUCCCCUAAGUCUCUUGCAUUUGCUUCCACAACAUCUUUGUCAGCUGGGUUGUCGUGUGGAGCAUCCUUGGCUACUUCUGCACCUACUGUAUUUGGAGGGUCCUCGACUGCUGCUACUACUAGUAACAUGCCUUUUGUCUUUGGAGGAUCCUCAACUGCCGCUGCUACUACAAACAGCGCACCUAUAUUGUUUGGAGCUUCCGCAGUUUCUUCUACAAAUGCCAAUGGGGCAUCUAUGAUGUUUGGAUCAUCCAAUGGUGCAUCCUCAACUUCGAUGUUCCCAUUCACUUCAUCUGCAGCUAGUACUGUCCCAUCACAGCCUGCAUUUGGGAACCCAAAUCCUGCUUUUCCAUUUGGUUCCUCGGGUAAUAAUGAUCAAAUGAACUUUGUAGACAGCAUGGCUGAAGACACUAAUCAGGCAUCUACGCCUACAGUCCCAGUAUUUGGUCAGCAGCCUGUGUUUGGUCAACAGCCUGUGUUUGGUCAACAGCCUGUUUCAAACCCACAGUCUGGCUAUGCAUUUGGAUCUACACCUGCAGUCCCAGCGGCGAAUCCCUUCCAAUUUUCAGGCCAACAGAAUCUAGCCAACCCACAGAACCCUUCACCAUUUCAGGCUUCGGGUAGUUUGGGUGCAAGUCAAGGGGGCAGCUUCUCGUUGGGCACUGGUGGUGACAAGUCUAACCGAAGAAUGGUGAAGAUUAAACACAACAGGCAGCGGAAGAAGGCAUGAGUGGUAAAAUGUGGGUGGUGUGGUGGUUGUUCUCUGUUCUCUGUAUGAGGGUGAAUAACUUUAAUAUGCAAAGACUAGAUACAAGAGAUUGCUGGUUCGAUACUGAUGAAGGUAUAAUUUUCCUUCUGUGGUUAGGAAGAUCAGACUAUUCUGUUUGCUCUACAUAUAUAUUGUUUCCCUCUUUCUUUUUACAAUCGAGCAAAAUUUUCGUGGUUGGAAUGAGAGGUUUUUCACAAUUUUAUACCAGUUUGUAGUCGGAACAUUUAUGCUUUUGUAUUAGUACAUGUAGUAGGUGAAUGUUUUUGUAUUAGUAAGUGUAGGUGGUAUUAGGCUUUCUGGCUGGGCAAUUGUGUUAGCAACUGUUUUCUGUGUACUCUGCUAUUUGUAACAUAAAAGGAAACAGCUGUGAAUGUGUCCAAGCUUAUCUGCUGGCCGCCUACUGAUUUUUCCCCAGGAGGCAGGGGAUACAUGAUGCAGCAGUGAGCACAUUACUUGGGUCUUAAUCAAAUUAGCUUUUCUCCAAAUAAAUAUUUUAUGCAUUUAUUUUAGGUAUCGUGUGUUUUGUUCG